AUGGCAUCCUGUGGGUCAGUUGUACAUGUCCCUCGUCCCUUUCACAACCGCUGCAUCCCGGACGUCCUAUUUGAGAUUGGGUCACUCCUAACCCCCAAGUCCCUUCGUGAACUUUCUAGAACAUGCCGAUACGCCCACGAAGUGUUGCUGCCCCUCCGGUUGAGGUCUAUCGAGGUUCAUCAACGACUGAGUGGGGAACAACCUUUCUACCAAUUCAUUCACAGCGUUAUCGCUCGCGGUUACGGUCAUCACGUCCGGAAGUUUAGCUUGCAUUUUGAUCAAGAAUUGUGCUAUGAUCAGGCUCAAUUGGAGUUCGCCAUGAGAGGUAUGCCGCAUUUGAAGCAUCUUGGCGUCGAGGGAUACGAGAACCAGGAUGCGUGGGAUCCCCUUUUCGCUUUCUUGGCCAAUAAUUCCGGCGUUUUUCGGCUAAAGAGUCUCAGGUUAUCCGGGAUGAAGGCAGCCACGCCGAACGUUUUGAGUGUGUUAGAAUCCCAGCCAGGAAUCGAAGAGCUCAUGAUAGAUUGGAUGGAGGAUAUUGUGGUGCCUCGACAGUCCCUUCCCGGAUUACGCAUUGUUGCGGCUCGGCCCCGUGCGAUGCGAUCGUUGAUACCGGGAAGACCCAUUACCCAUGUCGCUAGUCGUUACCGACACUUCCAAAGAGGUGUCGAAGAGCCAUUGAUGGAGUCAACCGAGUUCAUCACACAUUACUGGGCCUAUUCGGUAACGACUGCUGAAUUGCCACAGCUGCUGCCGGGCAUGCCCUACGUACGCUCAUUGACUCUCAUUCUCAAUCGGGACUGCUCGUUCCACUCUUCGCCUACAUCUCAGCUUAAAGAUGCAUGGACGUACAUCAAGGACAUGAAAUGUUUGGAGUUUUGUGCCAUUGUGGUGAGGGGAUCCUACCUUCGGGGCCUCAACUUCGAACAGGCGAUUCCAACAAUCCCAAAGACUCUUCGCCAUAUAGUGGUAUGCUUCCUGUACAUCUACGGUCCCUGGGUGCAACUUCUGAGGGAGGAUGGGCGUGACGGUUGGGAGUACGUAGAAGGAUACGAAAACAGAUCGGAUAAUAUACCCAUGCACAACAUCGAUUCACACUUUUGGGUGUCUUUGAUCCCUACCGCAACGAUUCGCACAAAGAUGAGUUCAACAUUUGGUGUGGAGUGCUGA